AUGUCUAAACUGAAUAAUCACAGCAAUAAUACUUCAUCCUCAAAUCUACGGCGAUAUGGCGAUGAUGAGCUUGAGUCAUCUAUUGGGGCAAUAUUUGAUAACAUUGACUUUAGCUCCAUGGAGAAGCCAGAGGUGAAUGAUGAGGGAGCAAGUUUGGAGUCCAAUAACCGAAGGUUGAGUGAGAAUCGCUCUCAAUACUCUACAAAUGACAAUGACGAUGGGAUGAAGGACGCAAUAAAUAAUGCUUUGAAUGAUGUGUUUGACUUCAGAGACAAACACAAUGAGGAAGAGGGGAAGAAUAAUUUACAAGGUUUUAAAGAUGUGGAUGAACUGAAACAUCCUACACAUGGCUACACAGAGGGUGACACGUUGCCAAAGCUGACUGAGUUAAAUAGUGCACCCUCAGUACCGGAGAAUCAAGAAUUGGAUGAUGCUAUAGAUAGUGCUUUUGAUAACCUAUUACAAGAUCAAGUGCCAAGCCAGGGCGAGAAAUCUCCAAAAGAAGACUCUCACAAAGUGCGCCAUCAAGAGGACUUAGCGUUGGUACUGGAGAUCAAUUCUUUGAUGCAAACAGGAGCACAAGAAGAAGUCCAGAACAAUUCUGUGAAAGCACUUUCGACAAGACGAGAUAAGCCUUCUGAAACGGAGAUUCCAAGCUCUUUGGUUAAGGGGGAACUAGAUCAAGAACGUAAAGAGGCAGACAAUUAUUUUGCUCUGAAGAGUGUUGAAGUUGAUAACGAGGAUGAUGAUUUAGAUCUUGCAAUCCGUAGUGCGCUAGGGAAUAUUUUUGAAAAGGAGUCAGCGGAAGCUACUGCGGAAAAUAAAGACCAAGUGAAGUAA